GCUUAAACUCUACCUCCCUCCCCUACUACCCACCACCAGCGAACCACACAUCGUGGCCGUUUAGGAUCACGUUUCUCGUGUUGUCCAUGAGCCCCCCCUGCCGGCAACCCCGCUAACAGGUCACCAGCUGCAUAAGAGAAGCUAGGAAGUAACCCGCCCGUGGCUGUAACACCCGAGACCCUCCAUUCGAAAUCUUUUUGUCAACCAACGCUGGCCUGUCGUCUACCUGACGGGUUCUCCGACUUCUCGACAACAUGUCCGGCGAAAUGGCGAACGAGGUCAAACUCAUCAGCGGAAGGAGCCACCCCGAGCUCAGCGAGAAGGUUGCGAAGCGACUCGGAAUCGAGGUUGCUAGGACCAUCUCUCUCAACUACUCGAACCAAGAAACCUCCUUCACCGUCGGCGAGUCGGUCCGCGACGAAGAUGUCUUCAUUAUCCAGUCUACCACCACCGGCGACGUCAACGAGGGCUUGAUGGAGCUCCUCAUCGCCAUCUCGGCCUGCAGAACCGCCAGUGCACGGAGGAUAACGGCAGUCAUUCCCAACUUCCCCUAUGCUCGCCAGGACAAGAAGGAUAAGUCCCGCGCUCCUAUCAGCGCCAGACUCGUCGCCAACAUGUUGCAGACCGCUGGUGCCAACCACAUUGUCACCGUUGAUCUCCAUGCUUCUCAGAUUCAAGGCUUCUUCAGCGUUCCCGUCGACAACCUGUAUGCGGAGCCUUCUUUCCUUCGCUACAUCCGCGAGAACUACAAGCCUGAGGACUGCGUGAUCGUCUCCCCUGAUGCCGGUGGUGCCAAGCGUGCUACCUCCAUCGCAGAUCACCUCAACACCGGCUUCGCUCUUAUCCAUAAGGAGCGCCCCCGCCCCAACGUUGUUGGUCGUAUGGUUCUUGUCGGUAAUGUCGAGGACAAGAUUGCCAUCCUUGUCGAUGAUAUGGCCGACACUUGCGGCACUCUCGUCAAGGCUGCCUCUGUCCUCAAGGAGAACGGCGCCAAGGCUGUCCUCGCUCUCGUUACUCACGGUAUUCUCUCCGGUAACGCCAUUGAGAACCUUAACGGCAGUGUCCUCGAGGCGCUUAUCUGCACCAACACCGUCCCGCUCGGUGACAAGAUUGAAAGGUGCCCCAAGAUCCGCGUCAUCGACAUCUCCCCGACCAUCGCCGAGGCCAUUCGCCGCACACAUAACGGCGAGUCGGUGUCUUAUCUUUUCAACCACGCCCCUGUCUAAACUCAGACAGUCGGGUCUUAUUCAUAUCUCACAAGCAUCAUAACAUAGCCUAUUGGGUGAGGCUAUACAUAUCAUUUUUGGCAGGGGUUUUCUUUUGCAUCCAGGUUAGAAGGGGUGUUUUACGUACAAAAAAAGAGGUGGGUAGGGUUGGUAUACCUCGUUACUUUGACUUUUGAACACGGGGACACGGGGGAAGAAUGGAACAUCUCUCGUCAGGGGUUUCUCUUGUGUCUCUUUUUUUUUCUUGACCUCCACGGUGCAUGGGUAGCAAAAAAUAAAUGGUAGUAUCGUUUUGGAUGGCAACCCAUGUGUGUGUCUGGAUUGUGUUUUGGGUCGGCGCAUCCCAUGAAGAGGAGAGUGUCAGCUUGACAGCGGACUAUGGCUUGAAUAUCACACAAGUUUCAGUGAGUAGAUAGCCAGAUUGUCGUAUUCUCUAGAUGUUCAUUUACGCUAAAACCUUUAAGUGAUACACAAGUCACCAACAGCGUGGGCGAGCAUUGUUGCCCAGUCUACAGCCAGUACAACAAUAACUACCCCUGUCAGUUAGACGCA